AUUGUGGUGGGCAAUGCGAAUAGCGCAGCCGCAACCCAGCAAGCACCCAGCCUGCCGCUUGCUUCUAGCUAGAGCCAGUACCAUGGAACGACGAACAGUUGAUACCGUCACCGGUGAUCAGGGACAAACUCACUGUUCUCUGCCGAGCCAAAACAAGGUUUCGAGAGUGCACGCAAAAGACCAGUCAGGUUGGCCCUGCAGUUAUUCAUCAAGCCAAGCGCGUCUUACGUCAAGCUCCUUGUGCAAGGGCAGUGCAGCGGAAAGCUCACAAAAUUUUGGAACGAGGCGAAUCCUCACGCUACAAGUUAUUACUACGAGAAACAAAAGAAGAUGUGUAAUGCUCUUUCUGAUUUCAUGAGCACCCUCAUGCUGGAGGGAGCCUCUUUUCAUGAUGAAGCCAUUGAAAUUGUACAAGACAACUGCCACAUUCUACCAAACUCAAAGGCCCACAGCAUGCGCUCCGAUACGAGGCGAAGGGGCGCUUCUUGUUGUGGACUGGUGUGUCGAUGGGGUGGUCCAGCUCCAAGGCUCGCGCCAAUGACACCAAAGGAAUGCACAAAGCUCUGUGACGAUGAUGAUUCGAGAAUGGAGGACUUUACUCCACUGUUUGACUUUAAUGAGGUGAUGGCAUUGGCCGCCACGAACCAAGUCCAUGGCGCGGGCGGCUCGAGGACAGAUAUGGGUGGUUCCUUGCACAGCUCGUUCUCGUCACUUUGUUCGGAUAGUCCACCUAGAUCACCCGUGCGCAAGGCAAGCAUCACCCUUGAAACCUGCUCUAUUCCAAUCGAAGAACUCAGCAGACUGGCUCUUGGCGACGACAAUGACAGCAGCAGUUGUUGCAGCAUGGAUGAUUCAAACAGGGCGACCAAUUUGCAAUGGAGUGCGGUCCAACUCCUGCAUCAUCUAAUCUUGGGAGUCAUGCGGAGGAGCCUCUCACAAAGUUGAAAGACUCUGCUAAAUGCACUCCUUUAAGAUCCCGAUGGGCAACAUCAAAAGUCGAAAGCAUAGUCCCCAAUGUGCAAGCUUCUAUGAUGGCAUAGAACAGAGGCGGGCCAUCACUGCAUAAAGACAGUACAUUUGCGGUGUGGCUGAUAAGCUAAGAAUAAUCUCAC